UCUGGAAACUUCUUCUCCUGCCUCAUUGUGCUGCUGCUGCUGCUGCUGCUGGAGCCCUUGGGCGGCGGCCGCCGUCGUUGUCCUGUCUCCUCGAUGGCGGUGGUGGGCUUCGACCUGGGCUCCCAGAGCUGCUACGUCGCCGUGGCCAGGGCCGGAGGCAUCGAGACCGUGGCCAACGAGUUCAGCGACCGAUGCACCCCGUCGGUGGUAUCUUUUGGGUCCAAAAACAGAGCAAUUGGAGUGUCUGCUAAAAAUCAAUUAAUUACCCAUGCCAACAACACAGUAUUUAAUUUCAAGAGACUCCAUGGACGUGCAUAUAAUGAUCCUUUUGUUCAGAAAGAGAAAGAACUUGUGAGUUAUUGUGUAGUUCCAAUGAAAAAUGGAAGUGUUGGAAUAAAGGUAACAUACAUGGAUGAAGAACAUUUAUUCAGUGUGGAGCAGAUAACAGCUAUGCUGCUGACUAAACUGAAGGAGACUGCAGAAAACAACCUCAAAAAGCCUGUAACAGAUUGUGUUAUUUCAGUGCCAUCAUUUUUCACUGACGCUGAAAGGAGGUCCCUGCUAGAUGCUGCCCAGGUUGUUGGAUUAAAUUGUCUUAGACUAAUGAAUGAUAUGACAGCCGUGGCUCUAAACUACGGGAUUUACAAGCAAGACCUUCCAGCUCCAGAAGAGAAACCUCGAUUAGUGGUGUUUGUAGAUAUGGGUCAUUCAGCAUUUCAAGUAUCAGCCUGUGCUUUUAACAAGGGUAAACUGAAGGUGCUUGGAACAGCUUUUGAUCCUUUUCUUGGAGGAAAAAACUUUGAUGAAAAACUAGUGGACCACUUCUGUACUGAAAUAAAAGCCAAGUACAAACUGGACCCCAAAUCAAAAAUAAGAGCCCUUCUCCGUUUAUAUCAGGAAUGUGAGAAGCUAAAGAAGUUAAUGAGUUCAAACAGUACAGACAUUCCACUUAAUAUUGAAUGUUUCAUGAAUGAUACAGAUGUGUCUGGAAAGAUGAAUAGAGCUCAGUUUGAAGAACUGUGUGCUGACCUUCUGCAAAGAAUAGAGGCUCCCCUGCAUUCCCUGAUGGACCAGACCCAGCUCAGAGUGGAUGAUGUGUAUGCUGUUGAAGUUGUAGGUGGAGCCACCCGUAUUCCAGCUGUUAAAGAAAAAAUUGGAAAGUUCUUUGGCAAAGAUGUCAGCACAACACUGAAUGCUGAUGAAGCAGUCGCAAGAGGUUGUGCAUUGCAGUGUGCAAUUCUGUCUCCAGCUUUUAAAGUUAGAGAAUUCUCUGUCACAGAUGCUGUUCCAUUCCCAAUAUCAUUGCUUUGGAAUACAGAAUCUGAAGAGGCUGAUGGAAUUCAUGAAGUGUUCAGCAGGCAUCAUGCAGCACCGUUCUCCAAAGUCUUGACAUUUUAUAGAAAAGGUCCCUUUGAGCUUCAGGCUUUCUAUUCAGAUCCUAGUGGUGUCCCUUAUCCCGAAAGCAAGAUUGGCAAAUAUAUUGUUCAGAAUAUUGCCACUCAGAAUGAUGGAGAGAAAACAAAAAUUAAAGUGAAAAUUCGCAUCAAUACUCAUGGCAUUUUUAGUGUUUCCACUGCAUCAAAGGUGGAGCAACUGAAAGCAGAGGAGAGUGAAAAUCCUGAUGUUGAAGCUGAAGUAGACCUCCCAAACCAAAAAUGUUCUGAGAACUGUGAUAAGAAUAUCCAGCAAGGCAACAAUGAGGCUGGAGAUCAGCCCCAGGUAAAAACAGAUGGCCAACAAACGUCACAGUCUCCCCCUUCUCCUGAGGCUGUCCCUGAAGAAAACAAAACCCCAGAUGCUGCAAAAGGAAAUGAAAAAAAAGGUGAUCAGCCUCCAGAUGCUAAAAAACCCAAGAUGAAAGUGAAGAAUGUUGAAUUACCUAUUGAAGCUAACUUGGUCUGGCAACUUGGAAAAGACCUGCUCAAUAUGUACAUUGAAACAGAGGGCAAGAUGAUCAUGCAAGAUAAACUGGAGAAGGAAAGGAAUGAUGCAAAGAAUGCAGUUGAAGAAUAUGUUUAUGAUUUCAGAGAUAAGCUUUCUGGACCCUAUGAGAAAUUUGUGUCUGAGCAGGAUUGUCAUAAUUUCUCCACACUGCUGUCAGAGAUCGAAGACUGGCUGUAUGAGGAGGGAGAGGACCAACCUAAACAAGUCUAUAUGGAUAGACUGAUUGAUUUAAAGAAAUUUGGGACUCCCAUUGAAAUCCGGUAUCAAGAAGCAGGAGAACGGCCAAAAUUGCUGGAUGAGCUAAGGCAUAAGGCUCAGAAUUAUGCUAAAAUUACAGCACAAUACAGGAACAAGGAUGAAAAAUAUAUCCAUAUUGAUGAAUCAGAAAUUAGCAAAGUAGAAAAGUGUAUCCAUGACACAAUGGAAUGGGUAAACAACAUGGUGAAUGCACAGGCAAAGCAGAGUCUUGAUAAGGACCCUGUUGUCCGUGUAAAUGAAAUCAAAGGAAAGCUGAAGGAGUUAUACAAUGUGUGUGAACCUAUUGUGACUCAACCAAGACCAAAGGUAGACUCUCCUAAACAGGAAGAACCAAUGGAUACUACUUCUGUUUAUAAAAAUGAAGCUGUAGAAGAAGAAAUAAAAAACAUUGAGACACCACAACAAAAUGGUGAAUGUCACAUGAAUGAGAACCCAAUUACCAUGGACUUGGACUAGCUGAUUGUAUUUCAGUGAGCAAUUGCACACAAAAAAAGAUUUCAGCUGUCUUUUGUGACGUGGGGAAAAUGUUUGAGGGAACUAUUUAUAUUUUAGAAUUCUGUUGUAUUAUGUCGGGAGUGACUAUGCUGAAAAGAAGUGGAGAUCAUGAUAAUCCUAAAAGGAAAAUUGCCUUGGUAACUUUCAGAUUCCUGUGGAAUUGUGACCACCUAAUAAAAUCUUCUGUGCAGCAGUUUCAACCUUUUGCUUCAAUUAAGACUGAGAUCACUGAAUUGUUACAAAAGGUACUGUUCCUUCAAAAGGUUUGCACCUAAAGCUUUUGUAGAUGCCAAGGUAGUUUUUCUUGCUUUUUCAUUUUGCUAUUAUUAUUUUUUUGCUUCAUGCUUGAUGGAGGCAUUGGCUUACAAGCCUACAUAAAACCAAAACCUGAAGAAUGUUCUUUACAUCAUUGUUCAAAAUGUCUGCUAGAAGAAAAGUUAAAUAAGUAAAGCAGCAUGCAGAAUUGCUUACAUUUAGUCUCUUGCUCAACAAGUACACUCUCAUGUGUGGAAAACCAAAUGAAGAUAAUAUACUGAUGCUGUUGUAAGUUCCCAUAAAGCCUUUAGUGAGCUUUAAUAAAGUUCAUUGAAGUGGUUAUGGUUUGAAAAA